UUACUUAAACAUAAUUUCUUCUAUUUCUAGUGAGAACUCUGUGGUUUUGGAGAGACCUUUAAAUGAUGAAACUGAAACUCCCUGCUUACUGUAUCUGCAGUGUGAUCCUCAUGGAUCGGAGGAAAUAGUCUAUGUUGGAAUUUUAAGUGGGGCAAGAAACAUGGAAGUAUAUGUAGGAGAAGAAUAUUAUGGAACUGGUAGGGGACAGAAUGUCUGCACCAUUCAGAAUGAGAGAAAUGAUAAGAUUACUUUAUACAAAAAAUAUCUUAAAUUGGAGUACUCCACCACUUCUUGCAGAAUUAAGCUGGUUUCGAUUGGUGAAAGACAAAGGGUACUCAUAACUAAAAUUGUAGUACAAGUAAAAUCAGUUUCUACAAAAUCUGCCUCAGAUCUUCCAUCACUAGGAUCAAGUGUUGAUCUAGAUAGAGUUCAAACUAUGGUGGAAUCCAUGGGGUCAAAGUUAUCUCCAGGUGCUCAGCAACUCAUGAAUAUGGUUCGACUUCAGCAGAAGAACAGUUUUCCUCUUGGAGAUAAACUUCAGUGUAUCUUUGGGAAGAAGGAAUCUAUCUUUGGAAACAAUCCUAUAAUAGAUGGAUUCCACAAUGAAUCCAAUGUACCCUUUCCUCCUAAAAGUUCUCUGUCAACUGAAACAGUUUGUGAAGAUUUAAAAACACAUACUGAUAUGAACCCACGGAUACCUGGUACGGAGAAUAUUCUUGAUCUUGAAAGAUUUAAAACUAUGCAACAAAGCACUCCUCUUCCUGGAAAUGAUUAUAAAGCUAUGGUAUCAUCGUUAAUACAAGAGCAAGCAAGUGGAAAUCCAAAUAUGUGCAGUUCUGGACUGCUGCUUCCCUUUCUUCAAAACUUAUGUGGUCAAGUGAACCAUCUUCGGGUAGAUGAUGGGAAUAAGCAUUUUGAGAAGAGUACAAUAACUAAAGAAUGUCUUUCUCAAGCUGUUGGAAUGGAACAGCAGCCUAUUUGCUCUUACUUGGAAAAGAUCCUAUCCAAAAAUAUGGAACUGAUGGAGAAGAAGCUAAUGGAUUAUAUUGAUCUAAGUAUGCAAAAACUUCAGGAACACAUAGAUACUAAAGUUGUUAUGUUAAUGGACAUGGUUCAAAACUCCAAAUUGAACAAAAUAUCCCAAGAACACUACCCUUAUGGAGAAGGACUUUCAAAUGGAGAGAGAUAGACAAUAUUUGAAAGAGAGCCCCAGUAGAAAUACUUUCUGGGACGAGUAUUUAUUUUGAUGUCUUUCCAAAGCUUAAUAUUUAUGAAAAUAAUUAUAAAAAACCCCAGUUUGCAUUUGUUACUAUAUUUCUGUCUAGUACUGUAAAUUAAAUAUUAGUGCUAUAAAACAUCUUCAGAAAUAUCAAUAUUUUUCAUAAGUAAAGAACUCUUUUAUAUUCUUGUGGCUUAUUUAAUAUUUCAAAAAAAGGCCCUGGCCCUACAUUUUGCCAACCUCUCUCUGAGCUAUGAAAUAAGUACACUGAAAGUGAA